UCUCAGGUGGACAUGGCCUGCAGGGACCACACUCAACUGAAUGGCCUGGCCUGGGCCCUGCAACUGACCCUGGUAUGGAUUCUACUGGGGGCUUGUGGAGGGAGCCACCCACUCCAAGCGAGGUCCCGGCUACACCAUGGACUGGCACCUGAUCUUGGCACAGGCCAGCUGCACCUGCCAGGACCUUGUUGCCCCUCAGAGGUGAACACACCAGAGGUAUCGAGCCCUGGGAUCUUUCCAGAACGCUGUAGUGCGCCAAGCCCCGGGUGCGAAUCCUUCCUGGGACACUUCCAACUUGCUCUCCGCAGUCGCUUCCGCCUGCGGCUCUUGGGGGUACGCCAGGCGCAACCACUCUGCGCUGAGCUCUGCCAGGCCUGGUUCGACACCUGCAAGGAUGAUAACACCUGCGGCCCAACUUGGAUCCCACUUUCAGAAAAAAGGGACUGUGAGCCCGGCUGCCGUACCUAUGGACAGACCUUCUCCGACGGGGCGGACCUUUGUCGCUCGGUUCUGGGCCACGCCCUGCCGGUGGCCGCGCCCGGCGCCCGUCACUGCCUCAACACCUCCAUCUCGGCGCUGCCGCAUCCCAGACCCCGACGGUGGGCCCGGGAAGCUGCCUCCCGGCGCUCCCGCCGCUCUCGCUCCACUGACGCGGCGGGCAGCGGGAGCGGCAGUGGGAGCGGCAGCGGCCCCUAG